AUGAAGGCGCUGGAAGAGGUCGAUGACGAGAUGUUCCCAGGCCAGAAGAGAGAGGAGGAGCAGAGCACCACCACGGCGGCGACUUCUUCCACGGCCUCGACUUCCACUCGGCCCUCAGUCCCUACACCCUCCUCGUCCCAGACCUUCACAACAGCCUCCAAGCUGGAGGAGGAGCUGUUCCCAGGUCAGAGAGAGGAGGAAGCCCGCGUCGCUGCCCUACUCGCCUCCGACCCGGGCACCCUCUCCGAACCUCUCUGGCGCACCAUCUGGCGUGACGUGUUCUCGGUGCUGUGGAAGAUGAUGCACAUCCUGUUCCCUUUCUCUGUGUUCCUCACCAGACGCCAGCAGGAGCUGCGCAACUGGGACCUCUGGGGUCCGCUCGUCUUCUCCUUCAUCCUGGCCGUUGUGGUGGCGCAGAGCACGGACACGGACCGAUCGCUGGUGUUCAUCAUCACCAUCACGGUCCUGUGGGUCGGCGGCUUCGUGGUCUCGGUCAACGCCAUCCUGCUCGGCGGCCACAUGUCGGUGUUCGCGUGCGUGAGCGUGAUGGGCUACUGCCUGGCGCCGCUCGACGCAGCCGCCAUCGCCUGCCUGACCUGGAAUGACCCGGUUUUCCGCAUCUGCGCCGUGGCCGGCGGUUUCGCCUGGUCACUAUUCGCGUCAUGGGGGUUCGUGGUAGCGAUGAUGCCGCCAGACAAGACGGGGCGCGGUCUCUUGGUGUCGUACCCGGUCUUCCUCUUCUACUUGUUCGUGGCGUGGGUCAUCACCGUGAGCAACAAGCUCAUCGAAUGA